ACUUCUUGGCGAAAGAGAGGAGAAUGCCCGGACAUUCUCACAAACCAAGCAUCAUCUUGAUGUGGAUUCAGACAACUAAACCUGCAAGGAGAAGAGGAGCAAACGUCCUUGCCCGCCAUUGCGGCGAUGACCGGAGGCGGCGAUGCCGAUCGCAAUGCGCCGUUGCUCGCCGGCGGCAGGAAGGUGUACCAUGAACGCUGCCCCGGGUGCAGGCAGCAGAGGAAGGUGCAGGCCAAUGACAGGCUUCCCUACCUGGGUUUCCUCUACACUUGGAUCGCUUGCUUGUGUGCCGCGUUGCCAAUUCAGUCGUUGUUUCCGUAUCUGUACUUCAUGAUCAGGGACUUGAAAGUCGCAAAGGAAGAGCAAGAUAUUGGGUUCUAUGCCGGUUUUGUCGGGGCUACUUAUUUCCUUGGAAGAACUAUCAGUGCAGUGCCAUGGGGCAUUUUUGCUGACAAAUAUGGGAGGAAGCCCUGCAUUGUGAUCAGUAUCCUCUCAGUGAUUGUGUUUAACACACUCUUUGGCCUCAGCACGACUUACUGGAUGGCAAUUGUUACCAGGGGAUUACUUGGAUUACUCUGUGGUAUACUAGGACCAAUCAAGGCCUAUGCUUCAGAGGUCUGCAGGAAGGAGCACCAAGCUCUUGGAAUUUCCCUUGUCACAUCCUCGCGAGCAAUAGCUCUGGUUGUUGGACCAGCUAUUGGAGGAUUUCUUUCGCAGCCUGCAAAGAAAUACCCAAAUCUUUUCUCUGAAGAAUCGGUAUUUGGGAGGUUUCCCUACUUUCUCCCUUGCUUCGUCAUAUCGGUACUAGCAGCAGGAGCAUGUGUUGCGUGUAUUUGGCUUCCGGAAACCCUGCACAUGCACCAUGAUGACAAAGAAGUCAUUGAUGCACUAGAGGCACAAGAUGCGACUUCAGACUUAGGAGAAACAACUAAAGAAUCAGGAUCAGGGAGAAUGGGCCAUACAAAGAGUUUGCUGAAGAACUGGCAGCUGAUGUCAGCAAUUACCCUCUACUGUGUCUUCUCUCUCCAUGAUACAGCUUAUCUUGAGAUAUUUUCACUCUGGGCUGUGAGCAGCAGAAAAUACCGGGGCCUGAGUUUUACAUCCCAGGAUGUUGGUAUCGUGCUAGCUAUUUCCGGUUUUGGUGUUUUGGUGUACCAACUUGCGAUUUAUCCGCUUCUUGCUAAAUAUGUUGGGCCAAUCAAGCCAUUCCGUUAUGCAGCGGUCUUGUCUAUACUUCUCCUUUCAACAUAUCCAUUCAUGGCUAACCUGUAUGGUCUGGAGCUCAAAGUACUCAUCAACAUUGCUUCGCUUUUGAAAAAUAUGUUCGCUGCUACAAUUACUAUUGCAUGCAACAUCCUGCAAAACACUGCAGUGACGCAAGAACAAAGAGGGGUUGCAAAUGGAAUCUCUGUCACUCUGAUGUCAAUCUUCAAAGCCGUAGCUCCAGCAGCAGCUGGAAUUUUGUUUUCAUGGGCGCAAAAGCACAUUACUGGGUUGUUCUUACCAGGUGAGCAGAUCCUGUUCCUGAUGCUGAACAUGGUGUCAGUGAUUGGGUUCAUCCUGACAUUCAAGCCAUUUUUCGCCUUGCCGGAUAUGCGAUGAUGUGUAGUUAGGUAACAAAAAGGCCAGAAUUUAUCAGACUUCAGCCUGGAUUCUAACCUGCAAGAGGAAUUCAUGUACUGUACCGCGUGUAAUGUUCAGUUGUGUAAUCAGUUUGGUGGUAUCUUUGAUUUCUGUCUGAACUCCGAACCAUUGGAUGGUCGAGGCAUAUGAUAAACAGCUAACGGGAUCUUGUUUCAUCUAAUUA